UGGCAUGCGCUGCCUCUCUUUCCGUACUGAGCCGGGGCUGUCCUGCCCAGAGGGAGGAGGGGACGAACCGAACCCGUUUUUGGUUUUUUUAUUGCGAUGUCAUGUUUCACAGGGAGUUCAGAAGCUCCCAGACCGCCCCACGCCACCGUUUCCACGGGUACACCCAAAAGCCCGAGCCCGGACGGAGAGCCCACCUCCCCGCUUUCACGUUCGCAUUUUUCUCCCCAACUUCGCCUCCGCGAGGAGGCUCCCUUAUGCGUUUGACACCUUAUAUCGUUUUCAUGGGCAAACGUCUUCUUUUGCACUCUUUGUAGUACUGCGUUGUGCAAAUCCUAUUCGGCCAAGAUGCAGCUCCGCACGGUCCUCGACGUCAACGUUGUGGAUGUGCAGAAGAGGAGGAAUCCCUCCAAGCACUAUGUGUACCUCAUCAAUGUCACAUACUCCGACUCCACUUCCCAUGUCGUCUACAGGAGAUACAGCAAGUUCUUUGACCUGCAGAUGCGAAUCCUCGACAAGUUCCCGAUUGAGGGAGGACAGAAAGACCCCAAAAAGAGGAUUAUUCCUUUUUUGCCAGGUAAAGUCUUGUUUCGCCGAAGUCACAUCAGAGAUGUGGCCGUCAAAAGGCUGAAGCACCUGGAUAAUUACUGCAAAGCGCUGAUGAAGCUUCCCUCCAACAUUUCCCAAAGUGAGGAGGUCCUGACAUUCUUUGAGACCAAAUCAGAAGACCUCAACCCUCCCACAGAAGACUGUGGAAGCUCUGGGAAACGUAAAUCAGGUCUGGACGCUUCGGACCCCAUGCUCCUGGAACAGUAUGUGGUGGUGGCCAACUACGAGAAACAAGAGCCUGCAGAGAUCAGCCUUCAAGCGGGGGAGGUGGUCGAUGUCAUUGAAAAGAGUGAGAGUGGUUGGUGGUUUGUCAGCACCGCAGAGGAACAGGGUUGGGUCCCUGCCACCUAUCUCAACUCCCACAGUGGCACACGGGACGACUUGGAGCUCGGCGCCUCUAAAGCUGGGGAAGUCACUAAGCGACAUAAGGCUCACCUGAAGAGGCUGGACCGGAGAUGGACGUUGGGGGGUGUCAUCAGCCGCCAGCAGAGCCGAGAAGAGAAGUAUGUAACAGUGCAGCCCUAUUCUGGCCAAGGCAAGGAUGAAAUUGCUUUUGAGAAAGGAGCUAUUGUGGAGGUGAUUCAGAAGAAUCUGGAAGGCUGGUGGUUUAUCAGGUACCAGGAUAAAGAGGGCUGGGCUCCGGCUUCUUACCUGAAGAAGGUGAAGGAGGACUUCUCUCCCCGUAAGAAGACCGUUACAGGCCCAGUGGAGAUAAUUGGAAACAUCAUGGAGAUCAGUAACCUGCUUAACAAGAAACCCUCCAGUGAGAUGGACGCACAGACCGAAGUUGUCCCAGAGAGCCCCCAGGUGGCCAGGAAGGAGAUCAGUUUGCCAAUACCCUGUGCUGAUUCCGUCCCUGUUAGUUCCCCACAGGAUGGAAAAAGUAAAGCAGAGCCGGCUUUGCCAGCGAUAGCCCGCAUUGCCCCGCAACGGGUGGAAAUUGGUUCCCCAGUUCUCAGGCAGAAACCUCCUCCUCGAAGAGAUGCUACACUGGGAUUUCAGCUGCCCUCCCCACCACAGCCCCCUACAGUUGAGGCAGAGUAUUACACUAUUGCAGAGUUUCAGUCCUGUAUAUCUGAUGGUAUCAGUUUUAAUGGAGGACAGAAAGCAGAGGUCAUUGAGAAGAACUCUGGGGGUUGGUGGUAUGUCCAGAUAGGAGAGAAGGAGGGCUGGGCUCCAUGUGCCUACAUUGAUAAACGUAAAAAGCCCAAUCUGAAUCGCAGAGCAAGCACUCUGUGCCGCCCUAAAGUUCCGCCCCCAGCUCCGCCUGUCAAAAAACAGGACUCAGCAGAGACUGCAUCUCCCAGCAGCCCCAGGUCUGAAGCUCCAGAGUCCCCUGUGUCUCCUGGGAGGCCAGUAUAUGAAGAGCCGGAAUAUGAUGUUCCUGCCAUUGGCGAUCUGGACCUGGAGUCUGAAUUUGAGUUUUUGAGAGGAGAAGGUUCCUUGGUGGACGGAAAGAAUGAGGACACUUCCUCUGAUAAGGGAUCCCACCUGUCCUCUAAGCCCUCUCCUGCUUCAUCGCUUCACAGUGCCUCCUUCAAGAUGGGUGAGUCAUUUGAAGAUGGCCAUGAGGCAGAGGUGGAGGCAGAGGAAGAGUGUAUCUAUGAGAAUGAGGGAUUCCGGCCCUUCAGAGACACCCCAGAUAGGCAGUGCAGCAGGGACUCAAAUUCCUCCAAGACAAGUCUCUUGUCAGAAACUGGAAAGAUUGCAAAUCCAACUUCAGGUGGAUGGAGACCUGCAGGGAACAAGCUUAAGAUCGAUUUGAAUGGGAGCCCAUUUUCAGCCAAGGCUGAGGAGGCACCCAGUCCAAAAUCUGCCUCCACUGAGUCCACCCCAGAUCUGUCCAGACCCAAGAAAGAACAAGAGGAAAGCAAAGCAUUCUCUCCCACCAAAUCAUCUUCUAAAUUGAAGCCAGUGGUGAGGCCUAAACCACACUUAACAAAGGCCUCCAGUGCCGAAAAGAUGGACAUCAGCACCUUGAGAAGACAGCUGCGGCCGACAAGGCAGCUGAAAAACGGCACCAAAACUAAAGGUGAGGACUCUGAGACGGCUUCAGUCAUCUCCUCUGAGGACUCCUUCUCUUCUCAGAGCACAUCCGAUCUCUCCUCCAUCUAUUCUAAAGGCAGUCGGGGAGACUCUGACCUGGAAGGCUGCUGCCUGUAUCGCACCACAGAUCCCUACGAGAAACUCCAGGAGUCUGAGCUCAGUUUCCCUGCUGGAGUUGAGGUGGAAGUGCUUGAGAAGCAGGAGAGUGGUUGGUGGUAUAUCCGCUGGGGAGAUGGAGAGGGUUGGGCGCCAACUUUCUACCUGGAGCCCGUCAGGCAACAAGAUGACAUGGCAGGGUCCGAAUCUGAUGGCACACCAACUAAACCUGGAAGCCUCAGCAAGUCCAACAGUCUGGAGAAGAAUGAACAAAGGGUGCAGGUGUUGAAUAACAUCAACCAAAACCUGAAGAAGGUCACCCCACCCAUCCCCUCUAAGCCUCCAGGUGGCCUCUCCAAACCAACUGGCUUGUUUGGUUCACGAAAACAGAAUAACACAAAACAGCAGCAGGUUGUCAGACCUCAAUCUGUCUUCAUAUCAGCCCCGAUUAGGGAUGGCCCCAGUCCUGUUGGCUCUCUCAGGAGAAACGAGUCCCUCAACUCCACAGACCAUCCUCGUGCCAGCCCCACGGUGCGGCGCAAUGCCUCUUUUGGCACUGUCCCACGCAGCCUGGUGUCAAACAACCUAGCGUUACCACCCAGGAACAGAUCUGUUACCAGUAGCUCUGAGUCACUGGGCCUAAGCUCUCAGAAGAAUGCCCUCCCUGUAUCCACAGUGAGGCCUAAGCCCCACAUUAUCCAUAACAACCUCAGAGAGGUGUAUGUCUCCAUAGCAGAUUAUCAUGGCGAUGAGGAGACCAUGGGAUUUCCUGAGGGAACGAGUCUGGAGGUCCUGGAAAGAAACCCCAAUGGAUGGUGGUACUGCAAAAUUCUGGACAGUGGCAGACCAAGGAAAGGAUGGGUUCCCUCAAAUUACCUCGAGAACAAGCACUAGCAUUCAAGUUUGGAACUGGCACAACUCUUAACAUGCGUGAAAAGACUACUCAUUUAUUUUGUGAAAAAAGGCUAACCUUAAGACGUUAAGCAAGUUAAGCAUCUUACCCGGUACUUUUGCCAAAAUGAGCAGCCAGAUCAAAUUGUGACGGAAAUUGAUUGACAUCUGAUUAAAUGAGUCUACAUGAUACAGUGCCUGAGACUUUGCAUCAGUGGCAACAUAGUGGGACUCAUUGACACAGACAAAGAGAAUACCAAAAAACAGAAGAAUGAUUUAGUGCCAUUCUUCAGCGGCUACCUUCCACUUGAAAUAACAUGCCAUUUUGUGUCCACACCUUGAACCUUUUAUAAUGUAUUUUUUUUAAACUUUGUAAGCAUUUAAAGCUUAUUGCAUGUUUGAAAUGAUUCAUUAUACUGACGAUGCCUUGAGCUGUUGAGAUUAAACCUUUUUCUCCUCCUUUCUUUACAGAAACUCUCAGUUGUUGCCAAAGCUGCUCUGUUAGUCACAUUUUGGUGCUGUUUGCAUGUUUUUUUUAUAUCUCUUUAUACUGUAUGUCACCUUUAUGUGAAACAUUUUAUCCAUUUAAUUGUGUAAUAUUGUCCUAAUGAAACAUUUUGUGAGCAUCUCCGAUUAUCCCAGCAUUUUCUUAAAUUAGAAUAUAAUCCCUAAAAUCUCCCCUGAAAUGUAUAUCCUUAGAAUGUUUCUGUAUUCAUUUCAGUGACUUAUAAUCCAAAAUGGAAACUCCCUCUAAUCAGUGAAAAUCGUAUUUAUUCAUUACUUAAAUAUUUUAUUAUCACUUAUUUUAUUUGUAUUCUUUUUUUUUACUGAUUUAAAAAGAAUCACAGUCGAUAAAACAUUUCUAACUGCUCUAUUAAUCAUAACAUUUUGAAUUUCUGCUGGGCAGUAAAUUUGACAUAUCUCUUAAACUGCAGUAGUGAUGGGGGUGCUCACUUUUGUUUCAUGUUAACUGUGUGACCAGUGAUGAUAACUGAAGUGCCAAAAGAAUGAAUUAAAUAAAUGCACUUUUGAUCAA